AUGGAGGAGUUUCGCCAAUCCAUGACGGAGUUUCACCAAGAGGUAAAUCUCCAAUUUGAUAAUCUUGAAAAGAAAAUGGAUAAGUUUGAAAACAACAUAGAUCGAUGGUUUGAUAAGUUGGAUGACUGUGUUUCUGAUUUUAGUAUGUCAAUACAUAGAGCCACGUAUGAUUUUGAUGUGUUUAAAUAUGAAACCACGUCUGUUGCGUGCGAUGAUUUAAUGGUUGAUCGACUAGCCAUGGUCAACCAAAUGCCAUCGUUGAGCCUGGUUACGACACUGUUGCCAGAAGCAAGGAAUCCCAAUGUGUCUUUUCUAGUGAACAACAUUGUUCUUAAGGACACACAAGUUGGAGGUGGCUUGCAGAAGCCACUACAAAGAGGUCAGUAUCAACAUAUUUCUAACAAGAAUGAAAAUAAGAAUCAGGGUGGACAACCUGAUUACAAUCACGUUGAGCAUAGCAAGCUCGCGUAUGAUGGGUUGUCCAAGAAACAUUGCGAUGAUGUCCGAUCUAAGUCGCUAGGGGGGCAUGAGAUCCCAUCUCGUGGUAGAUUUACGGAGAAACAACAUUGCAAGUGGCGUAGAAGUUUGCCACAUCCACCCUGUUUUAGGAAAAAUCAAACUAGGGUUGACACAAACACACUUCGGUGUAGUGGCAGCCACGUGAAAAAACUCAAUGCCACCAAAGUUAGAAUAAAACAAAACAAUCCUCCACGUAAAGUGCCCCCAAAGACUCCAUUGAGUGAACUGGGGGGCAAGCUCAAUCGGGCACGACAUGGAGGUGCCACACCAGUGUUUGCUAAGAGGAAGUCUGCCACGAAUGGUGGAUUGGGGGGCAAGCCUGAUGUCCAACAAACUCCAAACUCAAGUAGGAGCUCAAAUGCGGCAAAGUUGUGUGAUAGGUGCAAAAAUCAAGAUUGCAAUACUCGCAUUUGUGUUGGUGGAGCUCGUAAGCCUCGGUGCUCCUACCCCCAACAACGUGGUGGGAGUGAGAAGCUGGCAAAACCAAACCAGUCUGGGCAAGCGAUGCCACAUGGUCGAUUUGGCCCGACAAAGGUGCCAAAAAACGUGAGUGUUCCGCCUAAAGCCAAGAACACUUAUGGUUUUCCAUUAUGCGAGGCUGAGAUGAGGCUAAAUCAGGCUCGUGGAGUUUUAAACAAGGAUGUCCGAGCUGGACAAACUGGAGAAUUACAAGCGGCCAACAUUAAUUCCAAAACAUCAAAACUAACUUGUGUGAAGCCAGCAAGGCAGGGGAUAUAUGGAUGGCUUGUUUGGUUUGAUAUGUGGAGUUGGGAGUGGGUGUGGACUUUUGGCAGGAUGAUUUAUGCCAAUGUCGAUCUUGUUUUUGUUUAA